AUGGCUUUCAACCUCUGGAUACAUCAAUUCUGCCUCGCUUGCGACAAGCAGGUGCAGGUUGACGGCGCGGCGUACUGCUCCGAAUCCUGCAGACUGGCUGAUCAGGAAAAGACGUCAACCCCCAGCUCGCAAGCCAGCUCUCCCGCGCUCACUCCCCCAGGCUACCCUUGGUCUACAUUAUCGUCGUCGUCGUCGUCAUCAUCAUCAUCGUCAUGUCCUCCGUCUUCGUCAUCGCCGAGGUCGAGAUUCUAUCUGUCUCCGGCCUACGACUUUAGCAACGCGCAACCCUACGGGACCGCCUGUGUACGAAAUCAACCCAAUCCCCCGUUGGGUAGCAACGCAACCGGCUUUGCUUCAGCAGCCACGGCCACGUCUAGCCUGACCCGAAACCUCACCCCAUCCAGCUCUCACAGCAGCCUCUGUUCCAUGCAAAGCACGUCGACAACGGGCGAAUCCAGUCACCUGUCGGACACGGCCAAGCAAGAGCUAAAAGCGUACGCCAUAUCGUUUGAGCACGUCAGGCUGCAACGACGUCGAUCAUACUAG